UCCCCCUCGCUCCCUCCCGGCACAGGCAGCCAGAAGCCGCCGGGCGAGCCCUUCACACGCGCGCACCUCCGGACUCCCGCAGCCGUGGCGCUGCCAGAGGAGCAGGCGGCGCAGAGGGGCCCGAAUUCCGGGGCAGCAGCGGCCGCGUCCCCGCGGGAUGGAGCUGGGAGACCAAUAGGGCUGGAUCCUCCGCCGCCUGCCCGGCUGGGCUGAGUUCCCCCUGCGCCCGCGGCCGGCUUGGAUGCUCCGGGGCGCAGAGCCCAGGAUGGCGGAGGCGCAGGAGCAGUGUUGUCUUCCUCAAAAGUUCUUAAGUAAUUGAACAUGGCACUUGGAUUUGACGGUAUAUCUCCUGCAUUUGAAGUUUGUUGUUAUAGUGAUAGUUCUGGAUGGGAACAUCAUCAAGGACCUUGGAAAAUAUAUUCUGUUUAUGAUAUCCUGGAUAUGGGAACUCGUCACCACACUGUGACAAAAGCAGAAGUUCCUGAUCAUAUCCUUUACAUUACUGGAACCUGUGUUCUUAUAAUUGGAUCUAUUGGAGUUAUAGGAAACCUUUUAGUUCUCUAUGCAUUUUACAGCAACAAGAAGCUGAGGACACCGCCAAACUACUUUAUAAUGAAUUUGGCUGUGAGUGACUUCCUGAUGUCUGCUUCACAGGCCCCCAUUUGCUUUAUCAACAGUUUGCACAAAGAGUGGAUACUUGGAGAAAUAGGUUGUGACCUGUAUGCUUUUUGCGGGGCACUCUUUGGAAUAACCUCAAUGAUGACUUUAUUAGCUAUUUCCAUUGAUCGAUACCUUGUGAUCACUAAGCCUCUGCAAUCCAUGCGGUGGACUUCCAAGAAACACACAUCGCAGAUCAUUGUUAUUGUCUGGCUCUACUCGCUGGGAUGGAGCGUGGCUCCGCUUCUUGGGUGGAGUUCCUAUGUGCCAGAAGGGUUGAUGAUAUCUUGUACAUGGGACUAUGUAACCUAUUCCCCAGCAAACAGAAGUUACACCAUGAUGUUAUGUUGCUGUGUGUUUUUCAUUCCCCUGGUUAUAAUAUUCCAUUGCUAUUUAUUCAUGUUUCUGGCCAUAAGAAGUACUGGCAGGGAUGUUCAGAAGCUAGGGUCCUAUGGUCGUAAAUCCUACCUCUCGCAUUCCAUGAAGAAUGAAUGGAAGCUGGCAAAAAUUGCUUUUGUGGUCAUCGUUGUGUUUGUCUUGUCUUGGUCUCCAUAUGCUUGUGUCACCAUGAUUGCAUGGGCAGGCCAUGGCAACACUCUAACUCCAUAUUCUAAAUCUGUGCCAGCUGUUAUCGCCAAAGCUUCUGCAAUCUACAAUCCUAUCAUCUAUGCAAUAAUUCACCCAAGAUACAGGAAAACCAUUCGUAGUGCUGUUCCUUGCUUGCGAUUUUUCAUACGGAUAUCAAAGAGCGAUCUCUCAUCAGGUUCUAUAAAUGAAUCAUCAUUCAGGGCCUCUGUCUCCAGCCGUCGCUCUUUUGCCUCCAGGAACAAGAGUAGUUGUGUUUCAUCAGUUUCCACUGGAGAAGCAGCUUGGAGUGACGUAGAGCUUGAACCAGUGGAGCCAGUUCAUAAGAAACUGCAGCCUUCCAGAAGUAACUCUUUUUCAUCAUGUCCGAGACAGGAGGAGAAGAGGGAACUGCUUCUGAAGGCCCACAGCUGCAAUGCAAUAGCUGAAGAAAAGGUUUUGCUCUCCUCCAGCUACUUGCAGAAGCUGCUUGGGAGGUCAGUCCUACAGAAUUCCCCUAAAGCAAUUGUGACCAGUUCCUUAAAAGCAGCUUCUCUUCCCGUUGGCUUGAACAGCAUCAGCAAAGGAAGAGGCUCAGAUACCUCACAAAGGGAAACUCAAAUAAACAGAGGCCUGGACCCCAUCAUUAGUACUGCAGUCCCACGUAUCAUUGUCAUUCCUACUUCCGAGACCAACCUCAUUGAAGGACAAGAAGAACAUGAAAAUGGAGAGGAGGAAGAGACUGAUUUAUUCCACUUUCAUGGCAAGAAUAAUUUGUUGGGCAUAGACGGGCUUAGCUCUUCCACAGAUUUCCUUGAAGCAUUUGAGAAGUUUCUGUCAUAAGUGUAAAAAAGACAACUUUCUGGUCAUUGUUUUCUUGGCUGCUUCUCCACAUUAUUAUACCAAAUAACUAAAGCCUUCUAGAUUAAAUCUUCAGACUUUUUGUAUAUUUGUAUUAUAGUCACUAGGCAGUCUUUGAAUCCAUCUUUGUUCAGACCGCUUCAGACACUGAAACAACCUUUUAGAUGGUGCUGCUAAAAUGAGCAGUGGAAUAUCUGGCAGCAAACUAGAAUGGCGUAUUUCAAGUCAACCUGCUGCUUCAUGGUUUUUAACAUAGAUGGGUGGAUGCCAGCAAAGAAAUAUCUAGCACCCAAUGAAUACUUCUCCUUACCUGGGUGCCCAGGAUGCAGUUUCAUGAUUCAACAUCAUUCCAAUACUAUUAUCUCUAGAAGGCAAUAGUUCCUGGAAUGUCAUCACAGGAUAAGCUAUGUAGUGAAUGCAUACACCAAGAUUUGUUCUUGACGGUAUGAACUUCAGAAGCAGUACUGCCCAAAAUUAUGGCAGACAGUAUAGCAGCACCCACUGAGUUGAUUAGUAAUGUGGACACCCUGUACCAGUCUCUCUUGCAAAUCUCUAUACAACCUCACAAUCAGAAGCACCUAUCUCUUUUUGACAAGUCUUUUAUUUUCUAAUAGAAAGUUUUCUGGACUAGCUAGAUGAAUGGAUCACUCAAUACAAAAGUGAUUAUUUGUUUAGAAGAUAAUAAGGGUAAGCAAGAGAGGCUUGGAUUUCAGCUGAGUAUUAGGACAGCCACCAUGCCCAUUCAGCAGAUUACUGACAGGAUUAGAGGUGUUAUACUGCCCCAAAAACAAAUUUUAAAGGCAUUUUAGAGUAUCUUGGGGUGCACAGUAUUGUUUAAGUAUGUGUGAACUGUAAUGACUCCUAUUCAAAGGGUGGAUUCUCACAAUUGGCUUGAAGACUCAUUGAUGAAAAUAAAACACCAACUGCUACAGUUCAGUUUUCUUGUUGGUGGCGUACAAAGGCGGUGGGCAGGUAUUAAGAGCUUUUUUUCCUCUCAGCUGCCAGUGAGAAAAAGAACAGGGAUGCAUAAACUUUACUGUGAGGGACCAACUUUCCAAAGUACCUCAGAUGGACUUCCUACCCUAACCUGAAGAAGAGCUCUGUGUAGCUCGAGAGCGUCUCUCUCUCACCAACAGAAGUUGGUCCAAUAAAAGAUAUUACCUCGCUCACCUUGUCUUCCUAUCCCAACUGUCAUUCCCAGCUGCCCCAGUGGGGAUUGAGUAUAGUAGCAUAGGGCUAUACCACUGUAAAUGUGGGAUUUACUGCAGGAUGCCAAAUCACAUAUUUACUUGUGGAUAAUGGUUUUGUUUCUUUCAUCUUUGAUUCAUAUUUGUUCCUUGUGGUUUUGUUUCUUUCCCCAUUUUUCUUUUUUUAAACAUGUCCUCCAACUCUUUCUCAUUCCGUCUGUCACACCCACAGAUGGGACACACAAUGGACUAAAUUCUGCUCUAUUAUGUGGGUUUAACUCCAUUGAAGAAAAUAGUUACUGGUGUAACAGAACAUAAUUUGUUUAACAGACUUCAGGUCAAGCAAGCAGCUUACCUUGAGAAUUUGUUUUCAUAGUCUUCAUAAAAAUGUCCUGUUUUAUUCCAGUGACUGCGUUGUACAUUAAACUGAGAGCAUUUCCCGGUUCUAUGCACACACUAAUAGCUUUUAUGAGCUAUUUCUUGCUGCUUUUUUUCCCCCUCCUGAUGUGGAAACCUUAGAGGCUUCUCUUUUUAAAUGAAAAACAAGCCAAAUCUAGUUUGCAACUGUGUUAACAGUAAGUUAACUAAAGUAUAAACCAAAACUGACCAAUCAAGGUGGGGGCUGGAAUGCAUCCACAAUGGCAUCAUGUAGAAUGAUGCUAGGUGUCAGUAAGAAAUGUUGAGAGACUUGAUGGGAUAGCUGAGGGAACUAGAGAGGUCUCUCUAGCUUCUUUGGUGCAUGUGGUGCUAUCACUGGACACACAGUGCUACCAUGACUUAAAAUAGCAUUGAAUGCUAUAAAAUGCUAUUAUGAACUCUCAGGAUACCUUAUUAGUAUUAAUUAUUACUUGUAUUACAGUAGUGUCAAGAUGCCCCAGUCAGGAUCAGGGCUCAUAGUUCUAGGCGCUAUACAAACACACAUUAAAAGACAGUCCUUGCCCUGCACAGGUUACAAUCUAAACAAACUUGGAAACUGUUUUAACCAGUUAUCAUUAGAAAAUAACCUCCGGAGGAUGCUUUAAAAUAACACGACAAUAAUUCAUUUUGAAGUUCAUGAUAAUUUGUUAGGAAGUACAUUUGAAGUGCCCAUGACCAUGACUCUUUCUCCACUUCCACGCACCUGGAGCCAGCACUUUCUAGAGGUCAUUCUAGAGUCUCCCUUCAACCAGAAAAGUGGCAUAGAGAUGAACACUGUUGUGAGUGCUGUCUGUCUCUGGAGGUGAUCCAUUACCUUUCUCUGCAAUUCCAUCCCUGAAAAGACUUUAUUCAUUCCAUCGUAGAUGCAGUUCAGACACACCUCAGAUUCCACUGAACUGGCUGGGGCAUCACUGCUACAGAAGAUUCCACGAUUCACCCCAGGAAUUUAAGAUUUCCAGCCAGUUGAGCUGAAAACGAUGACGUUUUCUUGGAGCUGAUAUUGGGACAAGUAAGGACAGGCCGUCCGGGGGUGGCAAGUGGGGCAAUUUGCCCCAGGCCCUGGGCCCCACAGGGGCCCUGCGAGCCCUGGCCCAGUGGCGGUCCCAGUCUUCAGUGGGAUUUCGGUGGCGGGGGGCCCUUCAGUCGCUCCCAGUCUUCGGCGGUAUUUCCGCGGUGGGGGGCCCUUCAGUGCUGACAAAGACGCGGAGCGACUGAAGGGCCCCCCCCCCACCGCUGAAAUGCCACCAAAGACCUGGACCGCCACCAGGUGAGUACAAGCGCCACAGCUCCCCCGCUUUGCCCCAGGCCCCCUGAAUCCUCUGGUAGUUUGCUAAAAUGAGUGAGGGGGAAGAGGGCAAAGCCAAAAAGGUCCAUCCACUUAAGGUUUUGGGACACCAAUCUGUAGUAUCCACACUUUUCACCUUCUCUCUUUAGCCCUCCUAGCAUUUUCCCUUAUGACUUCAUGUUGUCCAUCAUGGUUGUCUUGUCACCUAUCUAUCCAGUGCCUGUCAGCAACUUUGUUCUCCACCCAGUUUAUUCUUUUUCCUGCAGACACGUUAGAGCCAAAUUCUGCCUUCAAUUUCACAUGUGCAAGUCCUGGUGAUAACAUUUGGUGGCAGGAGGGACCUAGACACAGCACAACCAAUGCAGUUCUACUGUAUGAGGAGGCAGGCUGCUGAAGCCUGUGUAGAGUGUCCACAUUCUCUGCAUACCAAGGAGCAGAGUUCUAUAUGAGAUGGUUUUGGAGGGGAAAUUAUGGGAGGGGAGAGGAGAGGAGCUAGGACUUAUGGAUCCACAAUUACACAGAUCCAGCAGGCCAUUUCUCCUUCCAAAAACCAGGGCAGUCAGAAGCAGCUACAAAACAAUCUGUGGGACUGGGGAAAAGCAUUCCUUCAUUGGGAACUCCGUGCACCUAGUACUCGGAUGGAGGGCCUGAGGUUUGGGACAUAUAUGUGUAAUAUUAAUACCAAUGAAAUGCAGUGUGUGUGGAACUGGGGAACAGUUGUAAUCCUGUUCUGGUUUUGCCCUUGUAUCUUCUCUAGUUUGUUUCCUGAAACGAUUUGUCUAUGCCUGUUUAUUUUAUUAGCGUCAUCUAUGCAAUCAAUAACUUUAUCU